AUGUUUAAACUAAGACGCCAGAGUCUGUUUCCGAACUACAAAUUAAGAGAGAGUUUAAAUGCACCACAGCAACAAGGGAGUGAUUUGGCAAUUGUAAAAGAAUUGUCCUUGAAACCAUGGAGCUCCAUGCAAGAACUCGGGUCUGAUAUCUAUGAAAUUAAUUAUACUGAUGUGGAAUCUGAUGACGAGUUCAUAGGGGUCUCCCAGAACUGCCCAAGUUCUCCCUCAAAAAAUUAUGAGCUGAAUAUUAAUGUUGGAGGCAAAUUGUUCCAGAUCACUUACCUUGCUGCUGCCCGGUUUCCAAAGAGCAGAAUUGGAAAAUUAGCUACUUACACUGAUUCCACAAGGAAAUUGGAUUUGUGCGAUGACUACAGUGUAGUAAACAAUGAAUAUUUCUUUGAUCGCGAUCCUGCAAUCUUCCAUCAUAUCUUCAACUUCUACAGAACAGGGGUUUUGUGGAUCAAAACUGAGCUCUGUCCCAGAAACUUUCUUGAAGAGAUCCACUAUUGGGGUAUACGGAUCAAAAACAGUAAUAGGUGCUGCAGAAUUUCCUUUGAAGAGAGACAAGAUGAGUUGAAUGAGCAGCUCAAGAUCCAACAAGAGCUCCUAGCUGAACUUGAAAUGGAAGAAAAUGAGGAGCAUUUCAGAAACUUGAUGUGUGGUUGCCAGAGAAGAAUAAUCUGGAACUUAAUGGAAAAGCCUUUCUCUUCAGUCAUAGCUAAGAUGAUGGCAGUGGCUUCCAGCAUGUUUGUACUAACCUCUAUUGUAGCCAUGGUCUUGAACACAGUUGUAGAAAUGCAGUACGUCAGUGCAGCUGGCCAGCUGAGUGGACAUACCUACCUGGAGAAUGUAGAAACCAUUUGCAUCAUUUUCUUUACUGCAGAGUACCUGCUGCGAGUUGUGUCCACACCAGAUAUUGAGAAGUUUACACGCAGUGUUCUAAAUGCAGUUGAUCUUAUUGCAAUCCUCCCCUUUUAUCUCCAGAUCACCCUAGAAUGUUUUGAGGAUGAACACCAUGGGAGGCAUGGGCAGGAUAUCGAGACAGUGGGCAGAGUGGGAAAAGUUGGCCAAGUGCUGAGGAUCAUGAGACUGAUGAGAAUUUUCCGAAUUUUAAAGCUUGCCCGACAUUCCAUUGGACUGAGGGCAUUUGGUUUCACAUUGAAGCAAUGUUACCAGCAGGUUGGCUGCCUUUUCCUUUUUAUAGCAAUGGGCAUAUUUUCCUUUUCUGCUCUCGCCUUCUCAGUUGAACAUGAUGUCCCAGAUACUAAUUUUACCUCCAUACCCCAUGCCUGGUGGUGGGCUGCGGUUAGCAUUUCCACAGUAGGCUAUGGAGACGUCUGCCCAGAAACAGUACUCGGAAGGUUUUUUGCUUUUGGCUGCAUUUCUUUUGGUAUCAUUUUAAAUGGCAUGCCAAUCUCCAUCCUUUAUAAUAAAUUCUCAGAUUACUAUUCACAGCUCAAAAGCUAUCAAUAUACAACAACUUCAAAGCAGCGAGGCAAGAUCAAUUUUUCAGGAAGAGCACGGAGGAAGAUGCUGGAAUGCUGCGGAGGGGUCCCACACCAUCAUUUGCCAAGAGAGCAAUAA